AUGUCUCAGGCCCCUCCUCCUCCUCCUCCUCUUGCUUCCAGCACUCUCUACAGUCGAUCGGAUGGAACUUCUCUCACCGAAACGAACGCGACAGCCAUGUCCAUGAUGGAAAAGCACGUCCAAGAGACGAAGAAUAAGAAAGAAUUGGAGUGUUUAACCGCUUUAGCGAGUUGGUUUUUAGAGCGGAGAAAGAAGAGAGUUUUGGCGGUAAAUAAGAAGAAUAAGAAAGCAAAGAAAGCAAAGAAAGCAAAGACGACGACGACGACGACGAGUAGAAUAGUGACGACUUUGAGACGAGAAACGAUGGCGAUUGCGUUGGAAAAGACGGGGUGGGACGUGGAGAAAUCAAAGGCGAUUUUGGAGCAGUUUUUACUCUCGGAAGAAGCAGGAGAACAAAGAGAGGGAGGAGGAGAAGACGACGAAGACGAUGAAGACGACGCUUCCUCGGAGUCGAGCAGCGAGAGCGAAAGCGAAAGCAGUAGCAGUAGCAGCAGUAGCAGCAGCAGUAGCGGCGGAAAGAAACGCAAACGCAAAAAAGACAAGAAGGAAAAGAAACGGAGAGAGAAGAAGAAGAAGAAGAAAGAAAAGAAGAAACGGAAAGAGAAGAAGAAAAGAAAGCAAGACGAGGAAGACGACGAUAUCAUCGACGACGUGGGCGCGGGUGCGUUCGCGUUUGAAAACGACGAGGAACGGCGGAAACGCGAGUUGGAAACCGAAAGGCAAAAUUUGAAAGAGCAACAGCGGAAAGCGCUGUUGAACAAGAUGAAAGUUUCCGGGGACUUGCAGUCGUAUAAAGAGCAACAAAUGUUGAAGGAAGAGUUGAACUACGCUUUGAAUAUCGGGGACCAAACGAAAGCGGAAAAGUUAAGGAAGAAGUUAGAGGAAGGGGAUAAAGGUGGCGCGAUGGAUAAUUAUGGGUUCAGACCUUCGUAG